AAACGUAAACGCCCAUCGAGUGUUGAGUCACUUGUUGAUUAAUUUUUCUGUUGUUAACUAGAUUAACUUGAACCUCUUAUUGUUUCAUUUACUUGUUGCUGUUAAUUGUUGUUUAUCACAAUUAGACCAAUUUAUGGAUUUAAUGUUUUCCUCCUUUUUCCACUUGCAAUCUAUUGCCAUGUAUCCAAUGUUUACUGUUGUUUAGAGGAAGAUUAAUUCAAUCUCAUUCUUCAAGUGGUCUCACCCUAAAAGUUUUUUCUCUCUCUCUCUCUCUCUCUGUUUAUCUCUCUGUAAACUUUUCUAUUCUCAUUUUAUCAUCAUUUAUUUCCUCAUCUAUUUAAAAGUUUGAUUGUUUUUCUCUUUUGUUUUUCCUCAGAAUUAUUGGAAUCCAAUUGAAAGAUGAAUCUUUCCCGGACAAGUUCCCAUUCAAGUCUUCGGAAUCACCAUCACCAUUGUAAUGGUGCUUGUAGUGAAAGUGAUGUAGAUGGUAUCAGAAGGGAAGAUAUUGCCACUAGUUUGGAACAUUUAUUCAACAAUGGAAAAGCAAUUUGUAUCAUUUGCUGGUUACAAUCAUGGAAAAUUCUUGAAGGUCUUGCCCUGGCGAUUGCCCUUUGUCUUCAAAGCUUUUUUCUUGAUUAUUAUAUCAUUUACUAUAGUAGAGGAGCCGUUGGCUGGUAUUUUCUAUUUCUAAUUGAUGUUAUGAUCAUGGUUUUGUUCAUCAUCGCCAUUGUAAUGGCUAAAAGACAUUAUUCCAGUUGGAUGAUGCAAAAACAACCUUCCGCUGGUGGUGGUGGUGAUCCAACAGUCUCAACAAUUAACAUCAAUACCUAUGGUUCUCUGUGCCCUCAGGCAAGAACAGGCCAACAACUUUUCGGUACCAGGUUACCCCGUACAAUGGGUGUUCUACCCUUAAGUUAUAUCUCUUGGUUUCUCUAUUCAAUUGUUUUGGUUUUCAAAAUUUUCAUCUUCUUCACCAACGAUGUUCUAAUCAAAAUGACCUCUGGCGAUGAUACUGCUCGAUUUGGAUCUAAAUUGUUUGAAGUUGCUCUCGCCUGUACUGCUCUAAUCUUUUUACUCUGGAUUGAAGUUCAUAAAAAUUUGGAAGAUGAAGUUCACCGUAGCUGGUCAAAGACAUUAACAGAUGAACUUAUCGGCCAUACAACCUUUGAAAUUUUCGAUCUCAUCUUUUUCCUUGAACUAGUUACACCCGAUAUCGACCCGAUAACCAAACAAGUUAUCCAUUUACCUCAUAUAUCUAAACCACUGAUCUACACCAUAGUUGCCUUAGGAUCUCUUAACGUUGUCUAUCCAACUCUUGGUAUUUAUCAACUUUCAAAGUUACAUAAGAAAAGUCAAGCAGAGGAAACAGUUAUCCGAAAUCAUCCAGAGAGACACAUUUAUGGUACCAAUGUAUUUGUCCAUUUCAUCCGUCUUUUCAACGUUAAUAUCCCUUAUUUGUUUAUUCGUAUUCACCUUGCCGCUGCCUAUGAUCGAUCCCUUUCAAUUUUCAUCGUGAAAAAUGUUCUAGGAAUAAUCAUCUCUCUGAGAAGUUUAAUUCUUGAAUAUCUUUUAUGGAGAAGCCAUGCCAAAGCUAAAGCCAAGCGAUUAUCAUCCAAUGCCAAUAAAAGGACAGUUCGAAUAGCCGAACCCGAUGAGACAACACAAUCUAUCCCUAAAUCAGGAUGGGACAUGUCAAUGGUCAAUGAAACGGCUCUUAAAAGUACACCAAAACCUAACGGAGAUCGACCUCCAAUCCUACGUUUCAACAAUGAAACCAUUGAAAUUAACUUUACACCACAUCGAGAUUCUCGGACCACUGACCAACAUGAAGAUAAUUUAACCUCUGACCCUCUAAGAUUAUAACGAAACGUUACUAUUUUUCAUAUUCAGACUUUUCAUCUCAUUUAUAUCAACAUUUGAAUUAUUAUUAGUUAAAUUAUCCAUGACAAAAGCACAAACUUCAAUUGUCAUGACUGAUUCUCUCAAUUGACACUUCCUUUUUUCAUUACAAUCCCUUGUAAGAUCAUUCACAUAAUAUUUCCUUAAUUAGUGAUCUAAUUAAUGUUGUAAAAUCAAUAUCACGAUCACUUCCAUUCAUCUAUUCAUCAUCAUCAUCAACAUAUACAUAAUGUUAUAAAUACUAAAAAAGUGUAAUAAUUAAUAAACGAUAAUAAUGAUAAUCAUAAUUAUCAUCGUAAAUGUAA